CUGACGAAGCUGUGCGUUGACGUUGGGUACCAAAGGGCGGACAUGAUAAUGGUGAUGGUGAUGGUGGUGGUGAUAGUGUUGUGGCUGUGCUGCUGAGCCUUGAAGCGGUAUAGACAUUGAUGGCGACGACGACGACAACGACGAGGUUCCUGCGCGCUGUUGCAGCAUCAGCUGCUGUGGUUGCUGUUGCUGCUGUUGAAUUUGGUAAAGUUCCCGCUGGCGAUGGAAUUCUUGGUGGGCCUGUUGAAGUCGUAGUUGCUGGCGAUACUUGUUCUCGCGCUCGAUCUGCGUUUGCUGCUGCUUGGGAGGAUGCCGAUGAUGUGUGUUCUUGUGGAACAGCGUAUCCUUGGAAUGUCGGUUGGAGUACGAUCCUCGCUGCACUAGCCCUGCAUCACCCUCAGGAAACUGGGCGCCAGCGCCAGCGGUGGUGCCGCUGUUGCCGGGGAGAGUUAGCAGAGAUCGAUUGGCGGACGCGAACAUGGCAUUUGGCAGCUUGGCUGUGGAUGCAUUGAGGCCAACUGCAGUUGUGUUGACACUGAGUCGUUGAUGGGUCGGAGAGGGUUCUGUGGUGUGAUACGAAGGAGCUGUAGGUGUUGCUUUUGCGGAUGGCGGGAGUAGGGGAUAUGUGGAGGGGGCAGUGAAAUCUGACGACCUGGCCUCUGGAGGCAUGAUCCUCGGUCUCUUGAUAGAAUGCGGGUCCAUUCUAUAUUAGGAGGUCCUUAUAUGCUGCUUUUGCCUUGUUGUGGAGCGUGAGCGAUGUGGAGAAGAC